GUGCGGAGCGCGGGCGGGAUGGUGCGGGCCGGACCGCAGGCGCCUGCGCGCUCCCGCUAGCGGGUUUCCUAAGAAGGUGGCUGGGGCUUGUGGUCCCAAACUGUCCGGAGUAUGGAUGUGUGGCAUGCACAUUGCUCUCUUGUUUUGGGGUUAUUUGGUGAAUAUCUUAAGGAAAAGGAAAAUCUGCAGAAAGCUUAACUCGUUAUUAGGCGCUGAGGGUGAGGCAUUGAAACAAAGAAGAACACAGAUCAUGUCCCGAGGACUUCCUAAGCAGAAGCCUAUAGAAGGUGUUAGAGAAGUCAUUGUUGUAGCCUCUGGAAAGGGUGGUGUUGGAAAGUCUACCACCGCAGUGAACCUUGCUCUUGCGUUGGCAGCGAAUGAUUCGUCCAAGGCGGUUGGCUUGUUAGAUGUGGAUGUGUAUGGUCCUUCCAUUCCAAAGAUGAUGAACCUGAGAGGAAAUCCAGAAUUAUCACCAAAUAACCUAAUGAGGCCUCUUUUGAAUUAUGGUAUUGCUUGUAUGUCAAUGGGCUUUUUGGUUGAAGAGACUGCGCCACUUGUUUGGCGAGGCCUUAUGGUAAUGUCAGCCAUUGAGAAACUAUUGAGACAGGUUGAUUGGGGUCAACUGGACUAUUUAGUUGUCGACAUGCCGCCAGGAACCGGAGACGUACAGCUGUCGGUUUCACAGAGUAUUCCCAUUUCCGGUGCUGUGAUUGUCUCCACACCUCAGGACAUUGCACUGAUGGAUGCACACAAGGGUGCGGAGAUGUUUCGGAAAGUCAAUGUGCCUGUUCUUGGCCUUGUCCAAAACAUGAGUGUCUUCCAGUGUCCAAAAUGUAAACAUAAAACUCAUAUUUUUGGAGCUGAUGGUGCAAGAAAACUAGCACAGACCCUUGAUCUUGAUGUUCUAGGAGAUGUUCCCUUGCACCUCAGUAUAAGGGAAGCUUCGGAUAUGGGUCAGCCAGUUGUCUUUUCUCAGCCUGGAAGUGAUGAGGCCAAAGCUUACCUGCAUAUUGCUUCAGAAGUGGUAAGAAGAUUGAAAUCAUCUUCAGAAUGAUUCCCAAGUGCCCUGGAAAUUGUCCUGGUAUUUGAUAAUCAUGAACUGUCAAAAAUGAGUAUUGUGCUAGUGUGGAACCCACAAAAAUAAUGACAAUUCUGAUUAUUUUCUUUCAUCUCUAAAGAAAUAAUGUCUCAUUUUCAGAUUUGAUUUGACAACCUAUGACUCACAAAUAAAAUGUUCAUAUCUGUG